UUGUAACUGCCAUUGAGGAACGCCCAUCAGAGUCGAGUGGACGUGUAAAAUAUCGAUAGGAAGAAAAAAAAUUACAACCCUAAAAACCUCACAAAUGGAUAAAUCAGCUGCAUAUGACGUGUACAAUGAUGUACGAAAUGACAAAAGCGAGACAAAUUGGACAGUUCUAAAGUAUGAAGGAAACCAAAUCGUCGUUGAUUCAUCUGGGGAGGAUUAUGGCGAAUUCUUAAACAAAUUUUCAGAUGACGAGAGAGGAUUUGCCUUUCUCAGAAUUGAGACCGGAGACGAAAUGAGCAAACGAAAGAAGUUCGCUCUAGUCACCUUUAUAGGGUCAAACGUUGGGCCUCUGAAGAGGGCAAAGGUCGGCACGGACAAGGCUCAAGUAAAAGAAGUAUUCCAGAGUUUCGCUAUAGAAAUACUGGCCAACGACAAAUCCGACCUGAAGGUGGAAAAGAUCAGGGAGGAAGUUAUAAAGGCGGGAGGCGCUAACUAUGGCACUGGAUGUUAAAGAUGCUUAAUAAACAUUUUUAUUUAAUUAUCAUUCCAAAGUUAGAUAACAUUCCAUUUAAAGGACAAGUUGCCACACUAUUUAUAGACACUUUAUUUAUAUGUUUGAUGAAAUGUUCAACUUUUGCAAUUGGUCUCAAACAUUUUAAUGAAUUAUAUAUCUAUUAGUGAUCUUUGUUGUUCAGCGGGGAUAUGGUGCCUCGCUGUAACUACACUAACAUUAUCUGCUCUCUAAAGUGUUCAAUAUAAAGAGGCAUGUUUUUAACAUGAUUUAUGAUAUUACAAUACUACAUUGGCAUUGCUUGAUAGCAUCAGGGGCUUCUUGAACCGUGCUUUCAAACGAGGUGACACCAAUACAGAAUGGCUGUCAAAGUUACUUUCUGGGUCUUAACGGACUUGGUCCUGUCACGGUUGGUUGACACUCCAGGCUCCAUUUUCCUAAUCGCAAAUAUUCCUUAACCUAAUAUUUUCCAGGGGAAAGCAUUGCAGAAUUAGGGAAAAUUCCUAAAAUAAGAUUAUUUUUUUUAUCAAACCCAAUAAUGUUUUUUGAUUAUUAAAAUUAAGUUGAGGAAUAUUGAUGAAAACUGGGGCCAGGAUCAAGUCAAAGAGUAAUAAGUGACGAAAUCAAUACAAACCACAAUAAAAAAAACGCCUAAUGUAUUAAUGGAGCGGCUAAAAACAUGGAUUGCAUUCACAUAUCAUGUUUACAGGCAAAAUAUUGUAUAUAAUAUACAUUUCAGACUGGUACUACUGGUUCUGGCAGCAUUUCCAUUAUGUGUUGGUUACCACAGGUACACACAAACCCAAUCCUACAAUCAUUGGCACGUGCUUACCAUGUGAAUUUGUACCAUAUUCCUCGAUUAUAAAUGAGUACUUUACUAUAUCAUACUUCGCCACUAAUCCCAAAUUAAUAUAUUAAUCUGUAGCGUUGAUGCCAUUCGCAUCUUUCUCUCCACAUGACUUCAAACAAAUAUCUAGAAUACACCAUUUUGUGUGAAAGCCCUGAUUCUAUAAGGUGAUGUUAGAAAAAGGACUUCAGAUUCAGAGAUAAAUGAUACAACGAAGUUCAAAUGUGUAGAUCUCUCCUGGAUCCAUCUGAUAAAAAUAGACAAUCUGCGAUACCGGUAUAUAGAUGUAUGUAUCUAUCUUACUGUCUCUAGCAUGUGUAAACCAGUUCAUGUCCGAUCUCAUAUUGUCUAGUCAAUCGGUCUCGCUCUGCUUUGGUGAGUUUAUUGUAUUUCAUUCUUUAAUCAAGUAUGUUAUAUUUGCAUUGUAGUAAUUGACAAAAGGUUCAAUAGCAUGUAGCCUCUCUCAGUCAUUGGAGAUUUUCAAUCACAAAACAUUUUUUCUGUAUUCAUCAUUUACUUCAUAUUUCUUUUUUUUCUUCUUAAAGUAAAACCUCCUAUAUGUUCGAAUAACUUAUAUUUUUUAUAAAAAAAGUUUUAUACUAUAAUGUCACGACAGUUAACACAUUUAAUAAAGAUGAUAGUAAAGGAGAAAUCCAGAGUCAUGCCAUUGUUGGAGGGGGAUGAAGGCCGAGACAAACAUAUCUGUAACGACAUCUAAAACGGACAGUUCGUGGAGUAGUGACGUGCGACAACUAAUAUCUCAAUGUUUGUUUCGUGUUAAAUAAAUGUUAAUAAAAAAUAAAUAAACAA